UUCUGAUACCAGUUUCCCCCUCUCUAUCUGCCUCUUGGUUCAUAUCCACGAUAGCUAUCUUUAUUCAAGGAGGUCGCAGCGUGUUCCUUCAGAACCAUGGCGUCAGGCGAACCAAGAGCGAAGAAACUCCGACUGUCAGAUGAGAAAAAGGAGAAGAAAACUCCAGAAAAGAAGACUCCAGAGAAAACCCCGACCAAACUCGGCCCUAAUUCUCUGUUCGGGAUGGGGAACCCCCUUCUGGACAUCUCAGCCGUCGUGGACAAGGACUUCCUGGAUAAGUAUGGUCUGAAGCCCAACGACCAGAUCCUGGCAGAGGACAAGCACAAAGCAUUGUUUGAAGAGAUUGUCAAAAAGUUUAAAGUAGAGUACCAUGCCGGAGGAGCUACACAGAACUCUAUAAAAAUCGCCCAGUGGAUGAUCCAGGAUCCCCACAAAGUGUGUACGUUCUUCGGCUGUAUCGGGGAGGAUAAGUUUGGGGAGAUUCUGAAACAGAAGUCAGAGGAGGCCCACGUGGACGCCCACUACUAUGAGCAGACAGAGAAGCCUACAGGGACCUGCGCCGCAUGCAUCACCGGGGACAACAGGUCUCUGGUAGCUAACCUAGCGGCAGCUAACUGUUAUAAGAAGGACAAACAUCUGGACUUGAAGGAGAACUGGAAACUGGUGGAGAAAGCCAAAGUCUACUAUAUUGCUGGUUUCUUCCUGACAGUGUCUCUGGAGUCCAUACUGAAAGUGGCCAAACACGCGUCUGAGAAUAACAAGCUGUUCACUCUGAACCUCUCCGCUCCCUUCAUCUCCCAGUUCUUCAAAGACGGCCUCAUGGAGGUCAUGCCGUACGUGGACGUGCUGUUCGGCAACGAGACGGAGGCGGCUACGUUUUCAAAAGAGCAAGGCUUUCAGACUGAGGACAUCGAGGAGAUUGCUAAGAAGGCCCAGGCUCUUCCCAAAGUCAACAAGAAGAGACCGAGAAUUGUUGUCUUUACUCAGGGGAAGGACGGAACCAUCAUGACCAAUGGAGGUGACAAGGUGGAGACGUUCCCAGUGCUGAAGAUUGAUCAGAAGGACAUUGUGGACACAAAUGGAGCCGGAGAUGCCUUUGUAGGAGGAUUCCUGUCAGAGUUGGUCCAGGACAAGGAGUUGGAACAGUGUGUGAAAGCAGGACACUACGCUGCCAACACCAUCAUCAGACGAGCAGGAUGCACCUUCCCCGAAAAACCAGACUUCCACUGAUUACCUCUAACCUUAAUUGCUGACCUCUUACCCCUAACCCAUCCACCCUUACCUCUGACCCUUACCUUCCAACUUAACGAAACCAGGUCUCCCGUCCUUUUUUUUUUCUCCAACCAUCCAUCCAUGCUUUAAUUCGAUCCAUCCAUAUAUCUAUCAUUGCUUUCAUCCCUCCUUCACUUGUCUUUCUGCAACCAGACUUCUGUGCCUGUUCUUCUUGUCCUCCACUAGGGGACGCUCUCAGGCCACACUGCCCGAUACAGCAGUAUCUGUUUAUACUGAUCUUCAAAUGCCCUCCCUAAUGACUCUGCUGAAGUCUACUGCCCUCAGUACACUCAGUUAGACUGAUGGUACUCACUUAAUACUGCCCGAUUCACAGUUAACUAUCAGCCUCUCAGUAAACUGUCAUGUUUACACACACAGCAGGUUGCUGCUGGAAACUAACUGCUGUCCAGUCUUCUCCUUGGAGACCGAGCUAAAGCCAAGUUAGUGGGUCAGGGUUAGGUAACCGGUUAGGGGCAUGGUUAAUGGGUUAGUUACGGAUGGGUGGAAUACUGUAAUUUGAUGGAGGAUGUUUCUUUUGAGAAGGUUGAAGAUAAUCUCUAGGAAAGCAGCUCUAUCAGAGAUAUUAAGAAGACUACACUUAGAAAUGAGAUAGGCAGUGUCAUUGUGAUUGAUGUUUGAUUGUGACUGGAGGCUUAUUGAAGCGGAGAAGUGUUGUUGCAGGCCAGUGUUGCUGUAAAGCCAAACGGAUUCCUUAACCUUAAAGCGCACAGUAAACGUGUAAAGUUCUCUGUACACUUUGUAAACGUGUCAAAGCCUCUUGAGUCUGAAGUGAUUUUUAUGGCUGUUUUACAAAAUAUUCCUAUUUAAAUAAUUGUAAUUUUAACAUGAUGCAGGUGUAGCCUGUGAUAUUGGCUAAUAAACACAUUUCAGUUGGUCUAAAACACAAUGUUAUAACAGGCUGUUUAUAAUUGUCUCAUAACACUCUAGAAACCUUUGUGCAAAUGUUUAGUUUGUAAAAGGGGAACCUUUGUAAAUGGGGAACUUGGUCUGCAGGGGGUGUGAGGCUUAGGGCAGAAGUAAGCACCUCUCCUCUCAUGUGUAUGGUUGUUGAAAUCAUUGAUUUGAACCUC